CUCCUCCUCCUUCACCUUCUCUGUACUGGUAGUUGAUUGGUUCAGAUCGAGUUCUCGUUCUUUCCGCACCAGGAUCAGGAUCAUGGCAGCCUGUGGUAGCUUGAGCUCCUUGUUUGAGAAGCCGAGGCCGGAAAACCCGACGCUGAUGGAGUCCCUGUCAUCCUGGAGCCAGAUCAUGGCCAAGAAGCCGGUGGACAAUGCCUGCAGCUUCACCGAGAUCUUCGGCGAGUUGCACUUCCAAGAGAAGCCCGCGCCGCCUCCGGAUUCCAACCACGGUUUCCCUCUGAAGAGUUCGGACAAGCUGCAGCUCUGCACCGAAAGGCUCGGCUCGGAGAGCUCUGAUGAUGUUGACGACCUGGUCGAGGAGGAUGGUGAUGACCGGGGCAGCGAUCGUUGGAAGGAGAAGCAGGCCGUGGUUGGCGGUGGACAUCCGAACAACUGUUCUGAUGUGAGGACGAAGACAGGUGGCUUUCCGCCUCCCAUUUCUUCUAUCGGGAAGAGCGGCAAGCCAUGGAUCUACUUCAAGUCUUACAGGCAUGAGGGGAGGUUUGUUCUGAGGGAGAUCAGAAUCCCCACCAAGGAAUUCUUGCACGCUUCGCGCGAAGAUGGCCGGCUCAAGCUGCAACUAGUCCACCCGGAUGAGGAAAUCCCUGAAGGAGAUGAAGACGAAGAUGAAGAAGAAGAAGAAGAAGAAGAAGAGGAAGAAGAAGAAGAAGAGGCAGAGGAGGAAGAAGAUAAGACAAAAUCUAUCCAAGGCAAUGUUGAUUAAUCCAUGCUAAUCACUUGGCUUCCUUCCAUCUUUUUCUCUGAAAGCAAAUCAAAAGAAAAAGGAGAUGAAAAGAACAGUAUUUAUGAAAGUGUUACUGCAAACUGUGCUUUUUGUUUCUUCAGAUGUUUGCAGUUAGAAUUGCAGAUGAGUUGAAGCUAUACAAAUAUGUUACAUUUUUGCUAGGGUACAAUAUCUUUAACCAAGAUAAAUGAUCCAUAAAUGUUGAUUCUUAGCACCUA